AUCGGCACCAAGGACGCCUGCAAUGACAUAUGCACCCGCUUACACAUGAUGUUAUCUACUCAUUUCACGGUUAGGAAAACCACCUGAUGUCGAAUAUCUACCCACCAGUGCCCCAUGGAGGCGUUCAACAUCAUAAACGCCCACGCAGGCGCUAUGACGAAAUCGAGCGCAUAUACAAUUGCAGUUGGAACGGCUGUGAGAAGGCGUACGGAACCCUGAGCCAUUUGAACGUGCAUGUCACGACACAUUCGCAUGGCAUGAAGCGUACGGCGGAAGAGUUCAAAGAGAUUCGCGAAGAAGGGAAAGCCAAGAACAAGAAAAAAGAAGAACGGCUUCGAGUGGAGGAUGGACGUACUGGCGCCGAAGGCCGUCAGACCAACUGCCCGCAAGUGUAUAGUACACUCCAGUCUCAUAUAUCGACGCCGGGCGGGGUCGUAGGUAGUGGUCCACAGCUCCUCAUCAAUAGCUUUGUUCCUACGCGUGGUGAACAAAGUCGCCCACAUAGGGCUCAAUCUCCAGCAAUUCUGUAUUAG